CGGGAAUCUGUUUGCACGGCAAAUACACAAAUUAAAAGUUUCAUCCUUCCAGAGGAUCUACAACGCACAGCUUGAGGCCUGUUACCGUGUUCUACGUUCCGUAGACUACAAGCCAACCGCAAUCAUGGCAAAUAACCUCAUAGCUGAAAUCUCGCGUUUAGGCCUCAAAGACCUCAAUUCUCCAGCUUCAGCAUCAAUCACUGACGUUCAGCACCUCGCAUCCUACAACUGGAUCGAAGCGCCGAGAGCCACACCCACCAUCGCUGUCCCUGGCAGUCCAGACCUAUGGUCCCCUCCCAACGGCCCCUUCCGAUUGGGAAAGGACACUGGCCACAUCUAUAUUGCUCAAAACGCCGCGCGACACCCAGACAGCCCUCUCGAACCACUCUUCCGCGCGUUGUACGUCUCGCAUCCAUCCUUCGACAUCGCCUCUAUCGACGUCGUGACCGACCGGAAUAACAUCCGCAAGCUCCUUGGCAUUGUAAACCCUCGCUGGAGCAGUUACAAACGGGAAGACUUCACCAUCCACGUCGAGGUCACGAACAACACCGCCAUCUUCUGCCGCGAGGAGACCAAAACGGAGGAAUACAUUGGUCCGAACGAGUUCAGAGGUUAUGGCCACUCGUUCGAGAAGAAGUGCACUAGCCGUCAAGUCAGCGGGAGUACUGGACACCACAGAAUUAUAUCGUAUCGCUUUGGGGGCCUGAAAUUCAUUGUCCGUCAUGAGACGGACGGAUACGUUGGCGUCGCGGGCACACAGCCCAGCCUGCAACCCGCCGGCACCCAAGCCUCGGAAGUCGACGACCUCUCCAGCGUCCUAGACUCCCUGUCGCUAUCUCCUGAAAGCAGCAAUCCUGGGAAGACCUAUCCCGCCGGCUUCAAACUCGUAAUCCGGAAGGAAGGCCAAGCGGUUCCGCUCCCCUCAACCCUCGAGGUUAAAACGCGCGUCGCACACAGACCGCUUGCUUUCGAGGACGUUGUAUCACAGCUCUGGGUUUCACAGACGCCCAAGCUCGUCCGUGCGUACCACACUAAGGGCGUGUUUGCGGUCCCCAAAGUGGAAGAUGUGGCGGUCCAGGUCAAGGCUUGGGAAGACCAGAACCAGAAGGACCUCAGGAUGUUGGCCGGCCUGAUUGGGAAGAUUCGCGAUAUCGUGAGGGAGAGUGGCGGGAGAGCUAUACUGAAGUAUGAUGCCAAUAGAGACAAAUUGGUCUUUCACAAAUUGGGAGGGAAGCAGAUGCUGCCAAAAGGCUUGUAUGCGAAGUGGGAGGGUAGGGGUAGUGACGAACAAGGUAUCGGUCUAGACGUGAAGAUCGUUGGGCAGUCCAUUGAGGAGGCUGAAAGUGCGGUGAGUGGAAAGACUUAAGGAUGGCGGGAAUAGAAGGGAACAUAGUCGCUGGGGCGUAGCUACCGAUUGAUGGCGAUUAGAUGAUAGCUAGUAGGUUGGAUGUACUACAAACUAAGUAAAGUGCAUCAGUCUCUCUCGCAGAUUGAGAUGCCAAGGGAGCAAGCCCAGUCAC